GUCGACAAAAGGGCUGAAUUAGUCCUGUUGUACCGCAUUAAUCUUUCGUCGAGUUCUUGAACCUUGAGCUGCUUCCCUCCAGACUCUGCCAAAAUGCCCGCCCUCACCACAUCAGCACUCCUCUAUGUGCAGAGCGUCCCAAUCCUACUCAAUGGGAUCGUGAAUCUUGUGGCCCCGGAGACAGUCGCGGUUCCAGGGACGCCAAAAGUCGCCCUCCAUCUGAUCAGUAUUCUCUCGCUUUCCCUAGGCGUUGGCUACAUCGUCGCGGCGCAGGCUUCGGCUGCCAAUCGUCGAACAUUCAUGCUGGCGUCGGUGCCGCUGCGAGGCCUGGCGGCAGCGCUGUUCUGUGCCGAUGGGGAGAUGGGCACUGCCGUCUGGGAGGGGUCAAUGGCGGUUGUGAACACUGCAGCGGCUCUGUUGCUGUGAUGGAAGGGGUUGCGGUGUUAAAGAUGCCAGGGAGCAGGAGCGCAUCAUCCCGGCAGCGGUGGCCAAACCAAAUGGGGGCCAAAACACCAACUUUUAGGCCCCGCCAUCAACCUCAACUUCAUCCAUCAAAACCUGUAAAUACUUUUUCAUUGUCCAAAAAUAG